AUGAAUAUGACGAGUCCACUCAGCCAGUCGACAGAUCGUCCGCUGAUACAGAAAGAGAGACGCACCGCAUCUGGAUCAACUCCUCUCCCCACAGUCCCUGAAGCCGCGUCCGUCGCAUCAACUCCCGAACUGCAACAAGGGGAAUUCAACCCGGCUGAUGGAGCAAAGCCAUCCUCUCCUUUUUAUCGCCAUGCCACACCAUCACUAGCCAUCGACCGACUGAAAAAGGCCGCCAAAGCGACAACGACGAGAUACAGCCCCCUUGAUCCCGAAGACCCGCCGACGCUUCACCGACAGCCAGUGGAAUCUACAAGCCAUCAUACACAACGCGUGAUUCGGGCGAACUGGAACUGCGGUGCAAACAGGCGUCAUGGGCUAGGGAUGAUAAUCAAGGGUCGGAAAGGAGUUGCAAAGGGUAUGGGGUUGUCCUUCUGUGUACAUGCUGUGGAUACACGUAUGGCGUUGAAUGGAUGGACUUUGAUAGACCUCUUCCAAUCUUGCGAGAGGUGGAAGCAGUUGGUGCCUGACCCUGUUGGGGGCGGGUGCCUGGCUGCCUGA